AUGCCUGCCAAUAACCCUUUCGUCAACGCCAACGACCCCACCCAUGCCAGUUCCCGGUUCCCAGAUAUCUCGGGUGGUUCCACAUCCUAUCUCAACCCGAAUCAGCAACCACCGCAGGGCCAAUGGAUGAACAACGGAAACAUGUCCUAUCAACAACCAGCAUACACUGCCCAGUAUCAGCAGCAACAACCACAGCAGCAACAGUAUCCGCAGCAGUCCUAUGGCGGAGGCGGCUACAUGAGCCCUACUGGAAUGCCUCAGGGACAGUACGGUGGUGGUAGUACAGGCCAAUUCCAACCUUCGAGUUCAUUCGGACAACAGCUUUCAGCUCAUAUGAGCGGGACCAACUAUGGCUAUCUCAACGGACAGCAGACGGGCGUUCCGCAGCAGCAGCAGCAGUUGGGUCCUGCGCAGGCACAGAUCGCCAAUAACCCGGGAUAUGUAGCCCAAUUCGAUCCUUAUGGUCCGUUGAGCCAGUGGGAUGGGACUAGUGGCCAGCAGCAACAACAACAGCAACAGAUGCAGAUGCAGCAACAGCAGCAACAACAAUACCAGCAACAACAGUCAUACCAGACUGGCUAUAACGACGGGAGUUACCUCAUCUCCCCUGUUGGACCUACCUCAGGUGUAUCGCCAACAGGAGAACCGCAUCCCAGAGAGUUCAUUCGCCUACACAAGGCGCAGCUUGACAAGUGGGAUGCUGUCGCGUGGAAGCAGCUCCUCAAUACGUUCGAGGCGCUGAAGAAGGCAUGGGAAGCUCGGAAGACAGCUUGUUCGAAUCAACUCCAGUCGUUGAAAAGCCAACUCAACUUUGCGGGCUAUUAUCAACAACAAGUUCAGGCCGAGAUUGCUAGGGUGGAGCAGUUGACGAAGGAGGCGGAUUCCAUGGCUGACUCCGUUGCUGCUUCGACUUUCCAGAUGCAAGAAGUCUUCUCUGGUUAUCGCCAAUCAGGCGACUCGUCAAGCAAGAUGCGCGUCCGGGAGGCAACCAACGCUGCCGUCAGGAGUCUUCCUGACUGGCCCCCAUCCAACAUUUGAUCGACCCCAUGUCAGUUUCACAACUAGAUACCUUUUGGGACUGGGACUGGGAUUGGAACGAGGGCUUUGAACCCCAAUGGCUCUAUAUGUGUGUGCCCUAAUUCACGGACUUUU